AUGCUCUCCGACCAGGAGCGAGACGACACGAUCGGCCGUGUCCACCGGCUACUCUCUCAGUGGCCAUCGGACGACUCGCUGCCGUCAGAGGGGAUUGAUGGCGUCAAGAGCAUCUACAAGAAACUGGUGUCCGGCCUUAACGAGGUCAAAACUAAUGCCGAGAAAGACGCAGAAGCGAUAGAUGAGGUCAUAGAGCGGCUCAGCGUACUUAUCGCUCUGCGAAAGGCACCAGAACCUCAGGCACCAGAGAAACGUAACAAGCGACCGAGGGCCCAUUCGCCCUCCAUCGCGCCGCCUGUCACGCCCGCCGUGGCGACACCAACCCGCUCGAUGUCGAUAACUGUGCCUCCUCGAGGCUCAGUCGGCCCGCAGCCGUCAAUACCCUUCUCUCGCGAGCCGAAGGCACGGCGGGAGGCGUUGGCUAAGCAGCUUCCCCUCCAAGAUGGGCGGAAGGUUGCUUUCCAUCCGCCGACAAACACGAGUAAGAACGACGCGGCUGCCAACGGCAAGGACGAGGAAUGGAUACUAGCUGUCGUCACGAAAUGCAUCAAUCAAGACAAGAAUCGAUACGAAGUUCAGGAUCCCGAGCCGCAAGAGGACGGCCAACCUGGACAGCGAUACAAUACUACUUUGCGGGCCAUUAUUCCACUACCAGAUCCGAACGCGCCUCCGGACAGUGCAGCGCACUUAAACGCAUACCCGGAAUUCACCGCGGGGGCGACGGUCAUGGCUCUCUACCCCGACACCAGCUGCUUUUACCGUGCAGAGGUCAUCGCGAGUCCGAAGGACCUCAACACAGGACGCAAUGGGGGAACAGGGAAGCAGCCCCCGAUGUACAAGCUCAAGUUCGAGGAUGAUGACGACCAAGAACACAUGGUGCAGGCCUUGUGGGUCGUCGAAUGGCCGGGCAAGGACUGA